AUGACUGAAGGAUAUGCAUUCACAAUUUUUCUACUUCUGGCGGAAAUGUUAACAUCCCAAAAUGUCGCCGGGCACGUGAUAUCCGCGUGCUUCAGCAGCAACAAGACCCUGGACAUCGACUGUGGAGCCGGCCACAUGGUCCACAUCACGAAAACCUUCUACGGGUUCAGUCCCACUGGUCAGUGCCAGCUGGUGGCAGCCGAAGCCGACAGUGGCUGUACCUUCGAUGACCAGACUCGCUACCCAUGUAUCGGCCACAGAACCUGCAGCAUCAACUUGCCCACCGGGCGGCUGGGGAUCAACGUCCCCGCUUGUGGCCAGAGGAGCAACUACUUCCAACUGGAGUAUGUCUGUGUUUUAGCAAGCUCUGUGCGAGACAUAUGCGGCACCGGGCAGAUAACAGCACAGAAUGGUUAUGUCGUGACUCCAAGUUAUCCCGCCAACUACCUGGAACAAGAUGUCUGCUCUACAACAAUUGUGGUCCACCCCACGCAAAAAAUCAACCUCAACAUCAUCGAUAUGGAGCUGGAAGAGCAAGGGAAGACCGACUGUGCUGACCUACUCUACUUCAAUGACAAGCUGAGGAGCAUCACCCUGUGUGGCCAACGCAGAAACAACAGCUACAACAUGCACACCAACUAUCUACAGCUGGAGCUCCGGUCCACCAGCAGGGGGCACAGCAAGGGGUUCUGGCUGUAUUAUGAAG